CACCCCCCCCCCCGGGACUUUGAUUCUUCCUGGAGAAGGGGGCAGACGCGCCGCUAUUUGGAAACAGCCUGGUUGUUUUGUUUUGAUUUUUUUUUUUAACCUUGCACUUUGAGACCGCGGGGCUGGAGCCGGGUGCGCGCGUGUGGUUGGUGCCUUUUUUUUUUUUUUUUUUUUUCUCUUUCUCUCUCUCCUGCCCCAGCCUAAACUCUGGCAGCCUGUAAACACGACCUGCGAGUUCCCCCGCCGAGACGGCGGCCCGACCAGAAACUUCUGCUUCUAGCUUCACACCCCCGCCCUUGCUGGCUCCCCCUGCCGCCCCGCUCGCCGCCCCAACCUCCGAGACGCCGUCCUGUUCCCGAGGACUUGUUCUUUUUACUCCUUUUUUUUUUCUUCCCCCUCGCCCCACCUCGUUCUGCGCUUUGCAUUUGGCUGGAAAGAGGUGAUCUCCAGAGCGCCCAGGUGGGACGCUUCGCUCCUCCUUAUUCGGCUUAUUUAUUGCUGUGUGGGCUGUUUUCUUGUUUGGAUUCCUGUUUGGCUCGGGCUGAAGAGUCUUGCCCCCUGCCCAGCGCCGCGGCGCGCAGGAUGAUGUGGAAGUGGCUGGGAGCGCUGGUGGUGUUCCCUCUACAGAUUGUCUACCUGGUGGCCAAAGCGGCCGUGGGGCUGCUGCUGCCCGCCAGGCUGCGGGACCUGUCGCGGGAGAGCGUGCUCAUUACCGGCGGCGGCAGAGGCAUCGGGCGUCAGCUCGCCCGCGAGUUCGCGGAGCGCGGCGCCAGGAAGAUUGUUCUCUGGGGCCGAACUGAGAAAUGCCUGAAGGAGACAACAGAGGAGAUUCGUCAGAUGGGUGCCGAGUGCCACUACUUCAUCUGUGACGUGGGCAACCGGGAGGAGGUAUACCAGACGGCCAAAGCUGUCCGGGAGAAGGUAGGCGACAUCACCAUCCUGGUGAACAACGCCGCCGUGGUCCAUGGGAAGAGCCUGAUGGACAGCGAUGACGAUGCCCUGCUCAAAUCCCAGCACAUCAACACGCUGGGCCAGUUCUGGACCACCAAGGCCUUCUUGCCACGCAUGCUGGAGCUGCAGAACGGCCACAUCGUGUGCCUCAACUCCGUGCUGGCCCUCUCUGCCAUCCCCGGCGCCAUCGACUACUGCACGUCCAAAGCAUCGGCCUUCGCCUUCAUGGAGAGCCUUACCCUGGGGCUGCUCGACUGUCCGGGCGUCAGCGCCACCACCGUGCUGCCCUUCCACACCAGCACCGAGAUGUUCCAGGGCAUGAGGGUCAGGUUCCCCAAGCUCUUCCCGCCGCUGAAGCCGGAGACGGUGGCCCGGAGGACGGUGGAAGCCGUGCAGUUGAACCAGGCCCUGCUCCUAUUGCCAUGGACCAUGCACAUCCUCAUCCUCUUGAAAAGCAUUCUGCCGCAGGCUGCACUGGAAGAGAUCUACAGAUUCUCAGGAACUUAUACCUGCAUGAACACGUUCAAAGGGCGGACAUAGAGCAGGAAAAGAGACACUCGGAGAGCUGUGGGGGAGCCUGAGGCGGCCUGGGCACCUGGGCACGCGCCCACGCGCCUGCCCCCCGACACACUGCUGCUGGGUGAACAGGACCGCUCCUGUCACCAGGGAGGAAUCCGGCCACCCAUGCCCAGCCGGCCCCAGGACCUUUGCACAGGACUGACGGGUAUAACUCUGACCCCCAUGGGGUGGCAAGAGACCAGCCAGCAGCCGCCUUGUCACAUUGGUCCAUUUCUGUCUGUAGUCUGUUGUUCAGUUGCUUCUUGGCUGUCCCCAGCAUCAGCAAUGUGCAAAGACUGUUUCUGGGAGCUUCUGUCCCCACUCACAUCUGCCUUCCCCUCCAAAAUCCACUCACCCGUUCAUCAACCUACUGCGCAAACUGGUUGGAAGGCAGGAAUGACAAAUAAAAAGUUGGCUUUUG